CGGGCCUGGACCAGGAAGUAGCGUCAUGUUUUAGCGGCCGGGUUGCCUGUUGCCACGUCGGAAUCAUCACAGACCAUUGAAACUCUGGGCGGCUGCGGCUGUCUACUGCGUUUUAAACUGUGAUAAACAUAAUAUAUAUAUCAGUGUAGCACCAGCACAACUAUGGUGUCUGUCAUCAACACCGUGGACACGUCUCAUGAGGACAUGAUCCAUGAUGCUCAGAUGGACUACUAUGGCACGCGUCUUGCCACUUGCUCGUCUGAUCGCUCUGUGAAGAUCUUUGAUGUGAAGAAUGGUGGACAGAUCCUGCUGGCUGAUUUGAGGGGCCAUGAGGGUCCUGUGUGGCAGGUGGCUUGGGCUCACCCGAUGUACGGCAACAUCCUGGCAUCCUGCUCCUACGACAGGAAGGUGAUUAUCUGGAAGGAGGAGAAUGGCAGCUGGGACAAAAUGUACGAGUAUACAGGCCAUGAUUCUUCAGUGAACUCUGUGUGCUGGGGACCAUAUGAUUUUGGUCUAAUGUUGGCGUGUGGGAGCUCUGACGGGGCCAUCUCAAUACUCACCUUCUCUGGAGAAGGGCAGUGGGACGUCAAGAAAAUCGGCAACGCGCACACAAUUGGCUGUAAUGCAGUCAGCUGGGCCCCGGCAGUGGUGCCUGGUAGCCUCAUAGACCAACCCACAGGACAGAAGCCAAACUACAUCAAGAGAUUUGUGUCUGGAGGCUGCGACAACCUGGUUAAACUAUGGAAAGAGGAGGACGGCCAGUGGAAGGAGGACCAGAAGUUGGAGGCUCACAGUGAUUGGGUGAGAGAUGUGGGCUGGGCGCCAUCCAUUGGCCUGCCCACCAGCACCAUCGCCAGCUGUUCACAGGACGGGCGUGUGUUUAUCUGGACGUGCGACGACCCCUCGGGGAACACGUGGACGGCCAAACUGCUGCACAAGUUCAACGAUGUGGUGUGGCACGUCAGCUGGUCCAUCACCGGGAACAUCCUGGCUGUCUCCGGUGGUGACAACAAGGUGACACUGUGGAAGGAAUCUCUCGAUGGCCAGUGGGCUUGCAUCAGUGACGUCAACAAAGGCCAGGGUGCCGUGUCAUCCGUCACAGACGGCCAACAGAACGAGCAGUGAGGCGGGUGGGGAGGGGUCCUUAACACCACUGCGAUGCGAUCACCCAAUCGCCACACCCAACACCUGCUGCGUUUGAUGUUGAGCUGGAACACUUUCAGUGGACGAUGCUUGACUGCCUCAAGAGACAUUUUAUAUAAAAAAAAUAUUCUCCCACCUCAAGAGUUAAAACACACGGCAAACAGGAUGUGGCCCCAGCACCUCAGGAAAUGUGCUGCUUGUAGUCAUUGGAUCCUAUUCAAUAUCUAACCUCCAUUCCUCUCCCUUUAGCUUGGGGCCUCGUGCUUCACCGACGCACAUUUUCUCUAUUCAUCAUCCUGAUGGCAAAUGAGCAAAUUACCUUUUGGGUUGUGCUUUUACGAGAUAUUGAAUAAAACUUUCAUUGUCCAUGACGUUUUGCCUCGCGUCAUAAGGCUACAGCAAAAGAAGAGGACAGGAGGUUAGAUGUUGUUUUUGGGGCCCUCUUUCUGACAUCAAGCGUUUGCUGUCACUCUAACUUAAAGGACACAUCUUGAUGAGGUCACAGAGCUGGGCUGUUUAGUUAAGUCAUUAUCUGUUAAAAAAAGAAAAAGAUAAUAAAAAAAAACUAGGGAUUUUGUUUUAAGUAUUGGUAAACUACUUCUCAAUGAGCUUUUGGUCUUGUAAUUUGAUGGAAGAGAAUGGGAGUAAAAUUGCUACGUUUUAAAGUGUGACUGCGCAGAUUAAAGUUCAAAGUUAGUCACCAAUCUGAUCAGCUCUGUGAAUCAUGCUGUACAUGAUGACCAACGAAACACAACACAACUUUUUUUGUCCCUUUGUAUCUGUCUGAUUUUUGUCUGACUAUUCAUUCAAAGAAUGAACUUUUCUAAUAAGUGAAAUAAAAUAAAUAACCUCUGGCUACAUA